AUGCCUCGCAACGUACUUAGAUUUACUAUUGUUGUUUUAAUAUUGUCUGCCCAGUGGCAGUCGACACCUACGGGUAUUUGUAGCGCAGAACAGGACCUCAGCCCGUGGGUCUGGCCGUUCACACACGAACAGAAACGUGCAAUCGUUGAAACUCACAACAUGCUGCGACGAGAGGUGAUACCGGAGGCAUCCAAUAUGCGCAAAAUGGUUUGGGAUGACGAUCUAGCACAGUUAGCCCAGGACUGGUCAGAAGAAUGUAUCUUCGCGCAUACACCUGAUAAAGAGUAUGAGGCAACUAUCCCGGCAUGCGACCUUAUAAAAGUGGUCACCAUUGUUCGCAAUGCAGUAAUCCAAGUUGGUGCGAAGACAAACUGUGUAGUAAGUAUCAUGUCUUAUAUCAGUAACGUUGACUGUAUGUUGACCAUGUAUGCCGAAGAAUGUCUACUUCUCUGUCUCAAUUGUGCCACCAAAGUAACCACAGAUGAUUGUAAAUGUUCCUGCAAUACAGGCUGGAUGGGCUUGGACUGUACAGACGAGUGUGCUGACUCCCAUUACUAUUGCUGGGACGGCUGGUAUCCUAUGUUAUGCGGAGAGCCUGAAUGGGACUUUGUGGCUAAGUACUGCCCUUUGAUGUGUGGAGUCUGUGUUGACGAGGCGUAUAUUCCGGAAGAACAUUGCUGUGACGGGAAACAGUGUUCUCAGGGUGUGAUAGAUGGCGCUACAUGUGAUUGUAGCUGUUAUGAAGGAUACGGAGCGGAUUAUGAAUGUGUCGAAUCAGUAUCUGGCAGUAAAACUUUGAACUUGAACGUGAUUCCCAUCGUGAUGACAUCACUAUUAUUAAUAUUGGUAUGCUGAUAUGAAACAGAACAUUACAUCUCAGAGAAACAACAGAGUCUCGAUAGGACAUCCAAGCUCCAUAGCCCCCUAGAGUAUUGUAAUAUAUACAUAGCCUAGUAGUGUUGUGUGUAAAGGAAUGCUUCGCUUCGCUGCCUGGAUUUAAAAUAUGAGCCCAUGACAUAUACAGAGU